GUGGGAACAUACCUGCGCAAGGUGUUAUAAUCACCACCAAACGGCGGCUACUUGUGUGCUGCCUCCCCGCGCCCCGCUGUCUGCACCCUAGCUGCUGGGCGGGGCCAGGGUCGCAGGGGCGGGAUCAGGCGGCCGGUGCGCCCCAGCAUUGGGCGGGGGCGGGUCCGGGUCUGGUUCGCACCAUGUGAUAGGCGGAGGGCGGCUGGCGGCGGGCUGUGUGCGUGUGCGCAGCCCGCCCCCACCUCAGUGUGCGUUGAGCGGUGUAGUGAGUGGGGUUCUGCCGCUCCGCGUUAACAGUGUCGAGUGUCAGUUGCAAGGUUGACCUUGAUCAUGCCGACCGUUUCCGGUAGCGGUGAGGAGGUCGAAUCGCAAGAUGAGGUCAAGGUCUUUAAAUACGAGGGAGAUGAGGAGGAGAGUGAGAAGCGCUCGUCAGAAAACCUAACAGAAGACAAGAGCAGUCUCAUCACAGAAACAGAAGAGGACAAGAGCACGCACGUUCCCUCCUCGUCCUCCUUCGCCCUCGCCUCCAAGAGCGAUGGCCGCCUCCCGGAGACCUCCUCGCCCUUCGGCCUCUUCGGUGCGUCAGCGUGGGGAGCGGACAGGCUGGGCUACCUCUCGCCCUUCGCCUACGCCUACACCAACGGGACCUCGGCCAUGGUAAGAACAGGUGUCGGAGGAGGAGGAGGAGGUGGAGAUGGUGGAUGAGUGGAAGCAAAGAGG